UUAAUUGUUGAAUAAGUUAAUUUCAUUUCAUUAUUAUAAUUUAUAAUAGAUGGCGAUAGUAGCGAAAUUAUCUGGCUGUACUGUUACCUCAUUACACAACAAAAUUUUCAAGGAAGUAACAUUUAAAUUAUUUGGAAGUGUUGGACUUGUUUAAGUAGAAUUUAUUUAUUAUAUACGCAUAUUUUAUUGGAACCAUGGAUGAAAGUACUGCUAAAUCAAGGAUGGAGAUGCGAGAUAAAUACUAUAUCUACUCAGAUCCUCUGAUACGUUCUCCGUUGACUAACGCUUUGUCAGCGAAUUUGCAUAAUCAGCAUGAAGUUGAAUGCAGAAAUUUUGAGUUUCAUUUAGCCGAAUGUAUUGAAGCAUAUGGAUUUUAUAAAGGAAUAGACAAAUGCAAAGCAGUACUUCAUGAUUUUGAAGAAUGCGUGACCAAAGAAAAACGCAGGAGUAGAUUUGAAAUAAUAUGUGGAGAAUUUAUACGUCAGGUCGAAGCUGGAGAAAGAAAUUACGAGAAAGUACCGUAUCUUGCUUUCUUUUAGAAUUUAUAUUGAAAUGUAAAUAUAUAUAUAUGUAAACCUCAACAGCAACUUAAGUAGUCAACAGUGCAUCGAAUAAGUAAAAUGUUUGUUCAAUUGAUUAAUAAUGACAAAUUAGAAGGAA